AUGACUCCCAUUACAUUUCCUGGUUCAGUCAACAGCGGCAGCGGCUCAGCUGCAGCUCUAACACCGUUUACAGACCGUCACUGCCGGGUACUGGUCUCAACUUCUCUGCGCUGACUUAACACUCCAAACUACCAGGCAACCAUGACCCGAUGUGCUGCAUCUGUGUUGCUUCUUGCGUUUGGCGUCGUCUUCCAGCUGUCACACGGCCUUCAAGUCAAUGUCACAAACAGUAAGGGCGAGUUGUGCCUCUAUGCCAAUCUGAUGGUCAACUUCUCAGUCUCAUAUGAAGUAGCUGCUGAUAAGAAUGAAACAGCAGUGUUCGAACUUCCCGGUAAAGUAACAACAGUUGGAAGUCUAUGUGACAACAGUAGCUCAACACUGCAGCUCAACUUUGGAGACGGGCACUUCUUGAGUGUGAAAUUCACCCUGAGUGGACUAAUGUACCAGGCAGACUCCGUCAUCUUUUCCUACAACCUCAGCGAUUCAUCCCUCUUUCCGAAAUCUAUUUCAAAUGAAACUGCAUCUGUGACCGUGACGCCUCAGAUUACAGACAUAGGCCUGGAUACCUGCUACUCGUGCAAGAGUAAAGACACCAUCCUGUCUAGUUUGGUCAAUAUGACACUGUCUGACGUACUCAUGCAGGCUUUUGUCAUUAAUGGCAGCAAGAGUGAUAAGAUAACGUCUUGCUCAGCUGAUGUACCCACAACCUCUGCUCCCCCAACCACUCACUCUACCAACGUGACCACUGAAGCUCCUGUGACUAACACCACAACCACUGCCCCUCCUCCUACUACCACCCCAACCCCCACCCUCCCUACACCCUCCACUUGGACAUACAGCAUCGACGCUGAAAACAGCACAGCUUGUCUGUUGGUCAAAUUUGGCCUGCGUAUUGGUUUCAAACAGGGAGAGACCUAUACGGAGUUAAACCUGGAGCACAACAAGACCAAAGCCACUGGAUUAUGUGGAGUCAACAGUACUCAUCUGCAGUUGGCAUCAGACACAAUGAACCUCUCUUUCACCUUCACUAAUGAUAGCUCAAAAUUCAGACUACAUUCUCUCAACGUCACUGUAAACCCAAGCUCUGGUGGGGAGUUUAUUCAGUCGAAUUCUAACCUGAGUCUAUGGGAGGCAGCGAUCGGCAGCUCCUACAUGUGCAACAAAGAGCAGAACUACACUAUCACCAACCAGCUCAGCCUCUACACGUUCAACCUCCAGGUGCAGCCGUUUGGAGUCGUGAAGGGGGAUUUCAGUACAGCCCAUGAAUGUUCACUGGAUGACAGCAGCGUCUUAAUCCCAAUCAUUGUUGGCGCCGCUCUGGCUGGCUUGAUUCUCAUUGUAGUGAUUGCUUAUGUGAUUGGUCGAAGAAAGACUUACGUUGGAUAUCAGACCCUUUAAAUCGACCCUGAAAUAUCACGGGGCUCCCAAGCCUGGUCCUUGGCUUUUAAAAUUUAAGAAUCAUAAUCUGGGGGGUGGGGGGCCAUGGAACAGAUCAUUCUGAUUGUCUCUUGGAAAAUAUUCUUAUUGUUGUCGACAUUAUUGGCUGUUGUGCAACAUUUUUAUUUGCCUCGAGGGUCUUGAAUAACAAAGUCCAAGCAAAGAUAAAGGGUUUGGUGUAAAUCUCAAGGACCAAACUUGUCCACCCCCCAAUGUUUGUGUUCCUUUUUAUUGUUUUGUGAACGUCUUGUCCCACCUUCUUUGUUGUGUUUUUAUUUUUUUGGAUGAGCAAGUGCAAGAUCCACACUUUUUUUUUCUCCCCAAUCCCUAAAUUUUCAAGUAGAAACAAUAGGACUUGUGAUAUUAUUCAGUGUAUAUAGUGGUGUUUUGGAGUGAUUUAGGUACUGUAGGAGAUCUACAUUUGCAAAUUAAAGCUUGUCGCAUUGGGAUCCUGCACUUGCCAUGCACACUUUCCCCCUUUUCUUUGCAUUUGUCAUCAUUUAUUUGUGUGGACAUUUAAAUUUUUUUUUACUUUUAAUGGUUUUGACUUUUCCCCACCCCACCCCUGCAUAAAUAUUUACUUUAAUUAUGAUUUUACAUAAUUUAAACACAAUUUCCUUCACUAAAAAAACAAAACAUUAAAGGAAGUUUUCUUUCUUUAUUACAAAAAAAUGAGUUAGGUUGAAGGUGAAAUCCAUUGUUUUUCAAAGGAAGUAUGCUUUAGCCCGUGUUUGCCCCUGCAGAGCAGGAGAGACAUUUAAUUUUGAGACUCCAAUCAUAAAUAAUGUGAAAUCAAAGUGUGAGUUUUUAACAUGAUUGACAUUUUUAACAUGUAUAGAGCAGUAAAAGCCCCGGUUGAACUAAUGACUGGACACUGACAGUGUCACUCCUGGUUGUUGGUCAUGAAUUCAGCCUGUACUCCUGCUGCACCAUUAGAUGUCUGCUCUUUAAAGGGAGUCUCUUUUACAUUUAUUUGCACAUAUUCCAGAUUAAAAAUAAAUCUGAAACGAAAGGUCACAUAAUGAUUCUUUUCCUCCCUCCCUCGGUAUAUUUUUGGCAUUAGGUUUGAGAAAAAGGGAUUAAUACUAUCGUGUCACUUUCAGCACAGGCAGAUUUGAACCAAGGAUAUUUACAUGUAAAUGCACUAAGACGCUCUUUAUAUUUUUGCAUUGUGUUGUUGAGACUGUUGUCACAUCAUUUCUCCUGCGUAUCGGCCCUGGGCUCAGCCUCGGCUGGAUCCGUGGACGUUUGAGGCCUUGAAAACUUCCUUUUUUUUGUAAUAGUCAGAGUUGAAAUGUUGGAAAUUUAAAAAAAACAACAAAAAAAAAAAAUGUUUUGUAAGUGAGGCGAAAAAGAAAUGAUACUGCUCUUGAGUAUAAAGAGCAGUAUCAGCUAGCAGUUAGCUUAGCACAAAGAAUGGAAACAGAGGUUAACAGCUGGCCUGGCUCUGUGGAGUAGCAUCAUACUUGCAUAGACAUUAGAAUUAGAACCAAUCUUUUCUUCUUUUUUUUUUUUUUAAAGACAGUGCGCUUAGUUCCCGAAAUGUGACACCACUCUUUUACAACGUUGGCUAAUCCGCUUCUGCGUGGGAGUGGUUGUGCCAGAUUUUUCUCACACAUCUUAAAACAAACACCACCUGAAAUGAAAUCUUUAAAAUCUCACGUGAACCUAUAAUAAACCAGAAACAUUUGGUGACAAAAGGCGGUUUUCAGGGCCUUGGGUCGACGAGCCAGCGCAGGUGCUGGUGUCAGGGAUGUAGACGAGCCCAAGUACGUGUGUUGUUGUAACGAUAGAAAGCUGAUGUGACACAUUUUGCGUGUGUAUUGUUUUAAAUAGAGCAGAAUGUUGUCUACUGUUUGGCUUUUCCCAGCUCUUCAUUCAGAACUGGAGCAAAUCACGCAGUAAACUUGUGCUGAAGAUGGAAAAUGAAUAGAAAUAUUUGCCUUUUUAAGUUGCUUCUAUGGUUUGCUCUUCCAGGACGUUUGUAUUAGAUGAUAGCGACAAAUCAAACAUGACCUUUGACUUCUGCUUGUGUGGUUUUUUGUUUUUUGUUUUGUUUCUUGCGGUCUUGUGUAUUUCAGCUUUGUGUAAACUCACUUGCCUUUUAAAUAAAAAGAUGGUUUUCCAGCACCAAUAUUAAAUGUUAAAGUCUGUGCACAAUACAUCCCAUCUAAUCAGUUUUCCAAUAUGACCACUGUGCCUUUCUUCAUUAACCCAAACAUCCAGUUGCCCUAUUUUAAAAUCCUGAUAUUAUUUGGCUCAUUAUUUUAACUCCUCCCCCAUCUCCAGUGGAGAACAUGACGCUCACGUUCAGUAAAGGGAAUUUGUGCUGCAAGACCAUCUUAACAAAGACCGAUUCACGUGUUGUGUGGACACCUGUCAUUUUCUGAUUUCAUCUCCUCUCUCUCGCGCUGUUUGCAAUAACGAUAAUAAACUGGUUUUCUGUCAGACUGAAGUGGAGCUUUAUAAUAUUUUAAGAAAUAUGGAAAUAAAAAUUUGUUGAUGUCCUGGA